AUGUUGACCACAUCCAGGUACCUCAGUGCGCGAGCACUCUUGGAGGACCAGGAUGGAGGCUGGAUCGCGGAACUUCGUCUCGACCGUCGGGACUUGAGCACCGCCCAGGAUCUCAUGGCUGUCCAGGUUCCGGUCCAGAUGCUGACGCCGCGGAAGUGCAUGGCCAUCCUGCAAGCUCUGCUGUUCGAGGCUGGAUUCAGGUUUGACAACCUGGUUCCGGUCUGGUUCAGGACGAGAGCGGCCAAGGUCGCUCCAGCCAAGCUGCGAGUGGUCAUCCAGGACGUACUGCGUCUGCUGGCACUGGAACUGGUGGAGUGGCGUUCGUUUGCUGUCGGUGCUACGUUCAAGAUCAUCCCUGUCCUGAAAACACAAGCAUCAGAGACUCCUGAAUCUGAACAAGCAUCCAUCCAGGACUACCACGCUGAAGAUCAAGACGGAGAUCUAUUGAUGACGGAAUACGAUCUAGGCCUACUCGGCGGUGAAUACGUUCUCCGCCUCAAGCGGACUGGUCUUCGUCCGGCGAGGAGUCCAGGAGGGUCGUCCGAUGGCGAGCCUGAACCGAAGCGCCAACAACACCAUCCAGCCCGGCCGCCGCGUGCGUCGCUGCCGUCCACGUCGAACCCGUCUGAAUUGCCGUCGCCCAGGACCUCCAGUCGGAGUGAUGUCGUCCAGGUGGAGAAGACCGCCCCGAUCCAGGAGUAUGCGACUUCGGACCCUGUCCCGAGCUUGGUCGGUACUUCUCGAUCCCCGGAGGCCUCCCUGUACGGAACGACGUCCGGAUCCAACCCAUCCAGGAACAGUUCCGCGAGCUCGUCCUCGAUCGGACUUGGAUUCAGCGCUGGCGCCGACAUGCCGCCCCCGACGUACGGUCCGAUGACUAUGUGGAUUCAGGCUGGCCGUCCUGGAUUCGCGGUCGGUGGAGGCGCGGUGGGUUACUACGUGACCCAGCGUGUCGUGUCGAAGCGCGCCGUCGAGGUGGACCAGGAUGACGUCGAGAUGGCCGAGUCCGUUCAGACCUCCAAAUCUCGGACGGACAGAUCUAGGACCAAGUCUUCGUCCAGACACCGCCGGCACCGCUAUGAGUCUGAAUCAGGCUCGGAGUCGUCCAGCGAGUCGGAGACCAGCAGCGCCAGGAGCCGUCGUCACCGACGUUCCUCAAAGCGGUUCUCGAAGUCGAAGCGGAGGUCUUCGUCCAGGCGGUCAAGCCGGUCAGGACGCUCGAGACACUCGCACGGAUCCACGACGUCCAGUCGGUCGUACAUGUCGAUCUCGUCUGGGGUGGCCAAAGUUGCGGUCACCACGAUGAACGAAGUGAAGCGCCUUCAGGCUGCCCUGGAUCGCAUGGCCCUGGCCCAGCAGGCCACGUUGGAAGCCCAGAUCCAGCGUGAAGCCGACGCCCAGCGCAAGCUAGAAGAGACUGAACACCGGAUCCAGGAGUCCGAACGUCCGAUGGCCGCCGCCCUGGCUGGAGUUCCCCGUCCGGACUCGGUCCAACCAGACCUGGACGCCGCCGUCCAGGCCGCUCGUGACGAGGCCGCCCUGGCCGACCGUCAACGCCGCCAGACCGAUGCCCUGAAUUACGUUCAGCAACAACAGGCCGAGGUGGAGGCGCGCAUGGAGGCCGAGCGCGCAGCGUGGGCCGCGGAGACGCAGAGGAUCCUAGACGCCCAGCAGGACGCGUUCCAGCGGAGGUACCAGACCUUGGAGUCCGAGCGAGACAACGAGCGAGAAGCUGCGAAGAACAUGAGGCGUUUUCAAGCGUCCCAAAUUCGGGACCUUCGAGCAACAUCCACUCAGGUUCAAACUGGUCGGACGACAUUCAACCCUGAUUCGGCAACCCCGGUUAAGUCGGAGGAGCCAAACCCUGAAUCGGCAACCACGAGGAGUGGCGUCAGUACUGGACAGAUCACCAGUAACGGUGCACAGCCGGGACCGAAGAACAUCGCCGAGGCUCAACUUCGUGCGACCAUCCCGGAAGUGGAUCUGGCCAGGCUUACUUCCAGCACUAAGCCCCGAAUCCAAGUGCCUAAGGCUGAACCGACGCCCAAGGCGACGAAGGCAGAGGUGCCCAAGGCGACGAAGGCAGAGGUGCCCAAGGGGACUGGUCCCGCUAAGUCCGGAUCCAAGCCGCCGCCGAGGAGGCCCCCGCCUAAGCCAUCCAGGAAGAAGACCCGGAAGGAUGAAGACCCGUCGUCAAGCAGUUCAGGCAGCUCUGACUCAAGCGACAGCGACUCCAGCUCAAGUGAUUCUGACAGCAGUCUGGACGGGGGUGACCUGGUCGACGCCUCGACCAGGAAGAUCAAGGCGGGGGAAACCUCGUUGACGAUCCACCCCUAUGUCAACUCGAGUGCGUUGGAGAAGUUCGACGAAAAGGCGUCCCUGGGUGACCGCCGAAGCUGGUGGGAAAGGUUCACGAACCUGGCCAGCCAGGGAGGCUGGUCCAACCGGACCCGGAUCAGCGAGCUCAAGAUGAAGAUGUCAUCCCCGUUCCGCAACUGGCGUGGGCAACUCCCGAAGCAGGUCCAGAACGACUGGAAGACCUUGGCCAGCGAGUUCAGGAAGAAGUAUCUCAAGGCCAGGACCUCCGACUCUGAACGCUACUAUACGAUGAAGCAGAAGGGUGGCGAGUCGGCUCUGGAGUAUUUCUACCGCCUGAACGACGCGGCUGGCAAGGCUAGCAUCAACUACCGGUCAUCCAGGAAGGACGUCUCGCAUCACGUCAAGCGUUUCAUCAAGGGCCUGAAAGAUUCAGACUUGAAGCAGGCCCUGAAGAGUCAGCGGUUCAAGCGGAUCCCGGAUCUGGAGUUCGCCCUGGAACAGGAUGAAGAGGUGACGUUGGGGGGGGGUUACGAUACCCCUCCAUCCAGGACGCGCGAUUUUCGUGCGGACAAUGCUGGUCAGGGGCGAUUCAAGCCUCGCCGGACUGGACGUGCUUUUGUCGGUCUGGAUGGGAGUGAUUCAGAUGACACGAGGCGGUCCCCAGAAAAUUGCCGACGAUGUGCCGUCACCUGA